AUGGAUCAACUGAACCCGUCCCAACCAAUGACUGAGGGUGACACAUUAAUCUCUGCCGGAGGAAAGUUCCAGUUAGGAUUCUUCAGUAUGGACAACCCAAGGAUCCAGCUAGGAUUCUUCGGUAUGAACAACACAAGGAACCGUUAUCUUGAACAUCAAAUGACAUUUCUUGUGUGUUCCACUGUAUUCUGGUCACUUCUAACUUCAUUACCGAUCCUAGCUUUUUGUGCAUCCAUGGAUCAACCGAACCCGUCCCAACCGAUGAAUGAGGGUGACACAUUAAUCUCUGCCGGAGGAAAGUUCCAGUUAGGAUUCUUCAGUACGGACAACUCAAGGAUCCAGCUAGGAUUCUUCAGUAUGGACAACACAAGGGACCGUUAUCUGGGGAUUUGGUUCUAUAAUAUUCCAAGUAGAACGAUUGUUUGGGUUGCAAAUAGAGAUAAACCCCUCGAUGGCUCGCCAGGUCUUUUGAAGAUUGAGCAUGGAAAUCUUGUCAUCCAAGAUAACUCCGGAAAAGUAAUUUGGUUGUCAAAUAUUCUGAAUCUAUCCUCGAGCAGUAUCAACACAAAGCUCAUGGAUUUUGGGAACUUGGUUUUGAUAUACGAUAACUCGGAAAGUUAUCUUUGGCAGAGUUUUGAUCAUCCUAGCGAUACAAUGUUGGCGGGAAUGAAAAUUGGUUGGGACUUUAAGUUCAGGAUGGAGCAGCAACUUACAUCAUGGAAGAGUGCACUGGAUCCUUUUUCAAGACAGUUCUCUUACAGAAUGGACUCUCAUGGAUUGCCCGCAUGCUAA